CUAUAUUGCUGGACAAUGGAGCCCUUGUUUGUGCCUCACUUGGUGGAUAUGGUAGAUUAUAUCAGUUGUGACCCAAUUUCCGCUUCUAAACGGAUCCCAAAUCUAGCGCAGAUCUAUUUGAUUGUCUUUUACGAGGAGCGUGAAUUUGCAUUGUUUGUAUCGUUGAUUUCUAACGAGCUUAGAGUGCCUGUAAGAUACUUGAGAGAAGAUAAGCCACACGGUUCGGCUGGUGGACUAUAUAACUUCAGGGAUUUUAUCAUGGAAGAUGAUCCGGUUCGUAUUUUAAUUUUAUUCUUUAUUAUUUACACAUUCUAUUAAAAUGUAAUAGAAA